UGCCCUACGUGUAUCGUGAUGGCUAUAUCUGGCUUCUUUUGAACUAUUUUUGUUAUUAACCCUCUAAAUUCUGAAUCAGUUUUGUAAUAAAUUACAUAGUGCAUAAAAAUCCCAUAAACAAUGCAGAAUGAAUUUCAAAAUAAUCCUGGCAUGGAAACAGAGGAAAAUGUGAUAGCAGCAGCGUGGGCCCGUGAGAUUAUGCCGACUGAUUCAGCAGAAGAAGUUGUUCAUGCUGAUGAUGGAGAGGAAGAGUCAAUUGAAGGAAAAUCGCCAAAAACGCCAAAGAACAGACGGUGGGGAAAACAUGCAAGAAGAAGGUAUUGCAGGUCUUGGGAAGAAGAAGAGUGUUUCACUCAAUGGUUGAUGCCAGUUGCUGGGGACGAACAGUCUGCUGCUUGCCGAUUUUGCCGUUGCACACUUCGAGCUCAUCACGCUGAUCUCAGACAGCAUUCUCAAACGGGAAAGCAUAAAAAGAACGCCGCUAGAUUCACAAAGGUGGAACCGUUUAUAGGAAACUUUAUCUCCAUGAAUUCCAAGGAAGUUUUGACUGCUGCCACCCAGCUUGUAUCAUUCAUCAACAAAUCACCAUCCCCAUAUCAUGCUGUGCAAGCAUGUAGACUGAGGCUCCAGGAUGCAGGAUUCACUGAACUCAAGGAGAAAGAAACAUGGUAUCUACAUCCUAACCAGAAGUACUUUUUCACAAGGAACCAGUCAACCCUGAUAGCAUUUGCUGUUGGAGGAAAGUAUGCUGCUGGGAAUGGCUUUACUAUGAUAGGAGCACACACAGAUAGUCCAUGUCUGAGAGUAAAACCUGUUUCAAAGAUAGAGAAGCAUGGAUAUGUGUCUGUUGGAGUGGAGACUUAUGGAGGUGGGAUUUGGAAUACAUGGUUUGAUCGAGAUUUGACUGUCGCUGGACGUGUUUUGGUCCGGAAUAAUGACAAGGUGGAACAUAAGUUGGUCCAUAUUGAUCGACCAAUCAUGCGAGUUCCCAAUCUGGCCAUACAUCUCAACAGAGCAGUCAAUGAUGGCUUUGCCCCUAAUAAAGAAAAUGAGCUGAAGCCUGUUUUGGCAACAAGCAUCACUGCACAGCUGGAGAAAGUUGUUGAUGAAAGUAACAAGGAUAUUUCAGUGCCUGCUGCCUUGAAUGCGAAACAUUCCCCUGUCCUGUUAAAUCUGCUCGCAGCUGAACUUGGAUCCUCUCUAUCUGAUAUCAUGGACUUUGAGCUCUGUGUUGCUGACACACAACCUGCAGUAGUUGGAGGAGCCUUGAGUGAAUUCAUUUACUCACCACGCUUGGAUAAUCUCUUCUGCUCUUUUGGUGCAAUUCAGAGUUUGGUGGCCUCUUGUGAAACUUCCAACAGUCUUGAAGAGGAUCCUAAUAUCAGAGCUGUAAUGCUCUUUGAUAAUGAAGAGGUCGGUUCAAUGAGUGCUCAAGGUGCACAAUCGUCAUUGGCUGAAUACUUUAUGAGAAGGAUCUCUGCUGGAAGUCACCAAACAGCCUUUGAAGAGUGUGUUCCUAAGUCAUUCCUUCUCAGUGCUGAUAUGGCUCAUGCUGUCCAUCCAAACUAUGCAGAAAAGCACGAAGAAAAUCAUCGAAUUAAUCUACACAAGGGCCCUGUUCUGAAGAUCAACAGCAAUCAACGCUAUGCAACCACAGCAGUCUCUUCCACCAUUCUUAAAUUAAUUGCAGAAAAGGUUGAUGUUCCACUUCAGGAAUUUGUGGUAAGAAACGACAUGCCUUGUGGGAGUACAAUUGGUCCCAUCAUAGCAUCAAACCUAGGAUUGAGGACAGCAGAUCUUGGUUGCCCAAUGCUCAGUAUGCAUUCCUGUAGAGAGAUGAGCUGCACAACGGGUGUCUCACAGCUUAUCCAACUCUGCAAGGGUUUCUUUGAAGACUUCCCCUCUGUUGAUGAAAGAGUGAUUGUGGACUGAAACUGAUUUUGAAGAUAAGUGCAAUUGAAUACUGCCAGAUUUCAACACAGCAUCCAACCUUACUUGAUAGCUGUAGCACAUCUGGACUCCUCUACUGACUGGCCAGAUUCUCCAUCGAUAUCUCUACCCCUUUUCAUAUCUGACCAAGUCGUCUGCACAGAUAUAUAUUGAUUCAGUACAAUACUUUCCAUUUUUAACUGAGUACUGAAUUAGAUAAAGCUGUAUUUUAUGUAUAUCUCUAUAUUAUGAAAUCUUUAUGAAAAUCGUUAUAUUGUCGUUUUGAUGCCUUAGCAUUACUUACUUGGUUUCUUCUUUUUGUAUAUUUAUUGUUUCAAGUCACUAUUCAUUUUGAAAUUUGUAAAAUAAUUGCAUGAUGUCACAAAUGAAGGCAAAGUGAUUAUGAGAUUACAAAACAUAGCUCAGAAAUUUAUUUGUAUGAAUGUAAUAUUCAACCAAAUGUUCAUUUGUUUAUUGUUUGUUCAUUUUCGGUUGUAAACAUACAAGCAUUUCAAUCUCAUUUUCCAUUCUUAAACCCAAGAUAUAUAUUUGUCUUUCACACCAGCUAUUUUUAAUCCUGAGCUAUCUACUAAGUCAUGCAUGUUGUUAUUACACAGGACAUUGUUUUCCCUCUUUUUUGUAUAGUUGGUUAAUGUGGGUUAGUCAAUCUUGGCAAAAUAAGUUGGUAAGGAGAUUACACUUGACCCAAUUUAUUUGGGGGUCAG